AUGGCAGCCUUGGGGAAUUAUAUCUUCACGCUUGUCAUCUUAAUUCUACCAACUGUGCAGGGUAAGCUUGAUGGACAAGCGCAGAUUGUCUACCAAUGGAAGUCCCUUGAUUACUCAUGGCAAAACGACACUGCAAAGCAACAGUAUAUCACAGACAAGCGAUUCAUUGUGGAAAAUAAUAUCAUUACUGGAGUUAAAGUACUCGAUGGAAGCGUUUACGUGACCGUGCCAAGAUGGAAACCAGGCGUCCCAUCGACGCUUAACAAAGUAAUUAUCAAUCCGACAGAUACAAAUGAGAAUAUUUUGGAGCCAUUUCCUAAUUGGAAAAUGCAAACUUUGGGGGAUUGUGACGCACUCCAAUAUGUCCAAAGCAUGGAGAUUGACCCCAACACUGGACACAUGUGGAUAAUAGACUCUGGACGAAUCAAUAGACUAACUGACCAGCCACAAAACCUCUGUCCUGCUAAAUUGGUUAUCUACGACGUCCGAAAUGACCAGCUCGUUCACGUCCACGAGUUUCCCGACGCAGUUGUUUCCAGAGCGUCUAAUUUUAUGAACGACAUUGUUCUUGAUUACGUCAAUGGUGUUGCCUCAUUUGCAUACAUCACAGACACGGCUGAUGCCAAACUGUAUGUGUAUGACUGCCAACGGAAUACGUCGUAUUUUUUCAAACAUCCGUCCAUGGGAAUCGAACCCGGGACAGAGACAAUUAAUAUUGGAGAUAAUCAAGUAAUAACGAGCGCCACCAUUGACGGAGUAGCAAUGAGCUCCGAUUUCCGGUUCCUGUACUACUGCGCACUGAAUGGCUACUCAUUAUAUAGAGUUUCAACGGCAUUGCUUAGAAAUCAAUCAUCGAUCUUGUCUGUUGAAACCGUUGGCCGAAAAAUUGACCUCACAGACGGGAUGGUUUUCACUGAUAAGGCUUUAUAUUUCGGAGGCUUGACCACGAAUGCUCUUUAUAAGUGGUCAACCAGUCGGGUCAAGUACAGUGCGUUUAAUCAAGAAAUGGUCAUCUCCGAUGAAACAAAUCUACGCUGGGUGGACACUAUUGCUGUUGAUGACCGUCAGAAUCUUUGGCUAGUUGCCAACGGAUUGGACAUGUUUGUGUCAAGAAGAAGAAACAUUACAAAAACAAAUAUAUUCAUUUGGAAAAUACCAGUAGGAGAGAACGGAUACCUGUCUGCUGCAAUAUCACGAACAAGAGACAAUAUUUCAAAAGGAAAUAUGAAAAAUGUAGCUUGUAAUACAGUGUUAUUGUCAGCGUUGACUUUAUUCAUCAUUGUAUCGUUUAUACUACAAAACAAAUGA